AUGGCCUCCUCGGACGCUCCCUCAACAGAAGCUGACGCUAUACUUCAGCAGCCAUCAGUUGAGGAGCGGAUUGAACAGAGCAAAGUCCCUAUCGAGCAUGUGCCAUUCACCAGCUUCGACCCCGGUGCUUUCCACGUUUCAUUGAUCAAGCAAGGUCUGUACAUGAAGCGAGAUACCAGUCGUUUUCUGUCCAGAGCCCCCGCCAAUGAGCGCGGUAUCACCAAGGGUACUUAUGCGGGCACCCAGGCAGCCCUAGCGCAUGGUUAUAGCCUGAUCGAGGAAAGUUUUGGGUCUUACUACAAUGUCCUACAAAUUGAGCGUGCACUCCCACGUCCCACUAGCUUGAGUGCUAAGCAGACGGCCUUCGAGUGGUCAGAGUAUCCGAAGGAGAAGAAUGGAGAUCGCGCAUUUUACCCUCCUCAUUUGGAGACAAUCCCAAAAGACGAGCAGCACAAGAACUACGAAAUCUUUGAUGCCAUUGGGCUCGCCGAGACCAUUUAUCUCCUCAAGCUACUUGUUCCAGACACUUUCUUUGGAAAGGUAGCCAAAAAAGCCCUUGAUGCACUUGGAAUCACCGAAAAGGUGGAAGCCUUUUUCAGGGAGGAGGAUGGAGAUAAUUACGACGCUUGGAACCAGGGGCUGACACUCAAAGCCUACGAGGAAUACAACUUGACCAACCGAAAAUCCGGCAUCGAUAUCGAAUCAGGUCACAACAUUGGAGAGCUUCCUGACUGGUACAGUGACCGUCGAUUUGCCGAGCAGUCAUUUACUGGCACCGACCCAACAUCGAUUGAGAAAGUUUCCAAGGGACUUCUCGAUGAGUUCAUUGCUGCGGCCAAGUCCGGACAGUAUGAGUACUGGGCCGAGUACCUCGCUGCCGCAGAUCCCAAUUCGCUCUUCGUUCAGGAUACUCGUUACUUCCGGGAGGCAGCGGGUGUCAAACCCAACGACGAACUCCUGCACAAGGAACCCUCGUCCGACAAGAAUUGGGCAUGUGCAGCUGUUUCCCUGUAUGAGCUUCACAAGGACGGAAAGCUCCACCCAAUUGCGAUCGUUUGUGACUACAAGACAAGCAUGGCCAACUCCGUAACAAUCUUCAACAAACGCAAGAACCCUGAGGACACCUCUAUCAACCAGGAGACAGAUUGGCCGUGGCGGUAUGCCAAGACCUGCGCUCUGGUCUCAGAUUGGUUCCGACAUGAGGUUGGCGUCCAUUUGACUCGUGCUCAUAUGAUUGAGGAAGCCUUGAUUGUGGCUACCAAUCGUCAGAUCCCUGAGGAACACAUCGUCUUCAAGAUUCUGCAGCCUCACUGGUACAAGACACUCUCCCUGAAUGCCGCUGCGCGAGAAACUCUCGUCCCUCAACUUAUCAAAGAUCUGGUUGGGUUCAGCCCGGACCAGACCUCCCGAUAUGUCUGUUACGAAUUCGAACAUUUCAACUUUGUUGAGAACUAUGUUCCUGAAGACCUGAAGCGCCGCGGGUUCCCGGACAGCAGCGAAGGUCUCAGCGAUGAGAAGUAUAAGAACUACGCUUAUGCGAAGAACAUGGUUUCUAUGUGGUCGAGCAUUCGAGGGUAUGUUGAGAAAAUGCUCAAGACAGAGUACAAUGAGUCGGUCCCAAGGUUUAUGGGUAAGACCCUUGACGAGAUGGUGUCGGGCGAUAAUUACAUCCAGGAGUGGUGCUACGAGGUGCAAAACAAGGGAUGGAUCAAGUCAUUCCCGAACAUUCAGACAUUCGACCAGCUCUGCGAUGCCGUGACCAUGUGCAUCCACAUCGCUGCCCCAUUCCAUACAGCGGUCAACUACCUGCAGAGCUUCUAUCAGUCUUUCGUUCUUGCAAAACCCUCCGCUCUUUGUCAUGCUUUGCCCAAGAACCUCGCUGAGCUGCAGAAAUAUGAGGAGAAGGAUCUGAUGCAGGCCUUGCCCUGCGGGCGACAGAGGGAAUGGCUGCUCUGCGUGCAGAUUCCUUGGCUGCUUAGCUCCAAGGUAGCGAGUGAGAGAAGCCUCAAGUCCUUUGCAUUGUCUCAGUGGCGGAUCCACUUCAAGAAUCCGACCAAUCUAGACCAGACCAUUGCUCAAAUUAGCAAAGAGUUCUAUGAAGAUCUUCAGAGGCUCGAUGUCGAGUUUGCGGAGACGAGCAACAACAUGGACAAAGGGUCUGUGCCAUACAUGGUCUUGGAUCCAGACAAUACCGCGGUCUCAAUCUUGAUCUAA